UCUGAGUUUAAGGAGGGAAUAUUAUAAUCACUUUUUAUACUGUCACAUAAUCAAAAAAAAUGGGGAAGAUGAAGAAAAAGGGUGAAAGUGGUGCUGCCACCAACUUUAUCAGCAGAAAUCAAGCUUUGAAAAAGUUGCAGCUCAGCUUGCCCGAUUUUAGACGACUUUGCAUAUUGAAAGGCAUAUAUCCUAGGGAACCAAAAAAUCGUAAAAAGGUGAACAAAGGUAGCACAGCAUACAAAACUUAUUAUUAUGUCAAAGACAUUCAAUUUCUUGCCCAUGAACCUGUAAUGCAAAAGUUCCGAGAGUUUAAAAUCUUUAUGCGUAAAUUAAAACGCGCUAUUGGCAGAGAGGAAUUUAGUGAUGCAGAUCGACUGGAACAAAAUAAGCCUGUGUAUACAUUGGAUCAUAUUGUGAAGGAAAGGUAUCCCACUUUUGUUGAUGCACUGAGAGAUUUAGAUGAUGCUUUGUCUAUGGUUUUUUUAUUUGCGACGCUUCCACAAACAGAUAAAAUAAAGAUGGAUGUUGUACAAAAAUGCAAAAGACUAAGUGUUGAGUUUCAACAUUACAUCAUUGCUUCAAACUCAUUAAAGAAGGUGUUUAUUUCGAUAAAAGGUAUAUAUUUUCAAGCAGAAAUACAAACACAAAAUGUGACCUGGGUUGUCCCUCAUCAAUUUACUCAAGAGCUCCCAGAUGAUGUUGAUUUUCGAAUUAUGUUGACGUUCAUAGAAUUUUAUUCCACCAUGCUUGGUUUCAUCAAUUUUCAACUUUAUCAUAAUCUUAAUCUGCAUUAUCCACCAGAGUUGAACAUUAAUAAUAACACAUCAACGGAUGACCAGGAAUCGAAGUACUGCCAGGAUGUCGAUUUGCAUGACGAGAAGUUAGCUGCUCUAACGUUAAGUUUGAAAACCACGAUGCAAGAUGCAACUGAAAAUGUAGAUUAUGACGAAUUCCCUGCAGAAGAAGGGACUAAAGAGUCUGCAGCUCAUGAAGAAGCUCUCAAAGAAGAAGAAAACGAAAAAUCUUUUCGCCAACUUUUCAGUCAUUUGAAAGUUUUCUUGUCUAGGGAGGUACCACGUGAUGCUAUGGUGUUUAUUAUCAGGAGUUUCGGUGGCGAGGUCUCUUGGGACGAGACUGUGGCGCUUGGUUCUACUUUCACCGAGACGGAUGAAUCGAUAACCCAUCAAGUUGUUGAUCGACCAAUGCAUAAGGGUAUGAACAUUAACAGGCAUUACGUUCAACCGCAAUGGCUAUUCGACUGUGUUAAUUGUCAAAAAUUAUUACCCGUGGAUGAGUACGUUCCUGGUGCAUCCCUCCCUCCUCACUUGUCUCCAUUUGUGGAAGAACAACAAGGCGAUUACGUUCCACCAGAGCGAAGACAGAUGUUGGAACAAGAAAAACAGUUAUUAAUGAACGAGGCGCAGAAUGACGAAGAAGACGAGGAAAGCAACGAAACAGCUAAAGUUGCAAGUAAACGUAAAUCUAAUGAGGAAAUGACAGAGGAAGAAAAGAAACUGGCCAUUAUGAUGUUACCGAAGAAAAAGAAAGCAUUAUAUGAUAAAAUCAUAUACUCUAAGAAAAAGAAAGCUUCACAGGUGCGGAGACUUGAGGAGAAACGAAAACUUCAUGAUGAAAACGAACGUAAACAUAAGAAGAAAAAGAGUCAAUAAAUUUGUUUCUAAAAAUACAUUUUGUAUAAAAUGGAAA